AUGUCGUUCGGAGGCCAAACUCCCACCAUCAUCGUCCUCAAGGAGGGCAGCGCCGCUGUCCUCGACGAUGCCAUCGCCGUGCGCCUUCACACCGCCGCUCCCUGGCUAACUUGCGAUUCUCCUUCUCAGGCACGGAUACCUCUCAGGUCCACGAUAAAGUCGACCCUUGGUCCGUACGGUGGCGAUCUGCUCAUGGUGGCCGAAAAUGGGCAACAGACCAUUACCAAUGACGGCGCCACUGUCAUGAAGCUCCUCGACAUCGUUCACCCCGCCGCCCGCAUCCUCGUCGACAUUGCACGAUCGCAAGACGCGGAAGUUGGCGACGGCACCACCUCAGUUGUCGUCUUUGCCGGCGAAAUCCUCAAGGAAGUCAAGGAGCAUGUGGAACAGGGGGUCAGCUCACAAAUCAUCAUCAAGGGUCUGCGGAGAGCCUCCAAGCUUGCCGUCAACAAAAUUAAAGAGAUUGCCCUCACCACCGACGACGCCAACCAACGUGAUACCCUCGAAAAGCUGGCUGCUACCGCCAUGACCAGCAAGCUUAUUAAGCGCAAUACUGAAUUCUUCACAAAGAUGGUUGUCGAUGCCGUCCUCUCCCUCGACCAAGACGAUCUCGACCACAAGUUGAUUGGCAUCAAGAAGAUUCCCGGCGGUUCCCUCACUGAAUCCCGCUUCGUUAAUGGUGUCGCUUUCAAGAAGACCUUCUCGUACGCCGGUUUCGAGCAGCAGCCCAAGGCCUUCAAGAAGCCCAAGAUUGUCUGUCUCCACGUUGAGCUUGAGCUCAAGGCCGAAAAGGACAAUGCUGAAGUCCGUGUCGAGCAGGUCUCUGACUACCAGGCCAUUGUCGAUGCCGAGUGGCAAAUCAUCUAUAAGAAGCUUGAGGCUAUUGCAGCCACUGGCGCCAAGGUCGUCCUCUCCAAGUCCCCCAUUGGCGAUCUUGCGACCCAGUACUUCGCCGACCGCGAUAUCUUUUGCGCCGGCCGUGUGACCGCUCAGGAUAUGGAGCGCGUCGUUCAGGCCACAGGCGCCGUCGUACAGUCGACCUGCUCUGAUAUUCUACCUGAGCACCUCGGUACCUGCGGCGUCUUCGAGGAGCGACAGAUUGGCGGCGAGCGAUUCAACUUUUUUGAAGACUGCCCCGAAUCAAAGACCUGCACAUUGGUGCUGCGUGGUGGUGCUGAGCAAUUCAUCGCCGAGGUCGAGCGCUCGCUGCACGACGCCAUUAUGAUUGUCAAGCGCGCCAUCAAGAACCGCAUGGUUGUCGGUGGCGGUGGCGCCGUCGAGAUGGAGGUCUCUGCCCACCUACACCAGUAUGCGGACAAGAACAUCCAGCACAAGGAGCAGGCCAUCAUCAAGGCCUUUGCCAAGGCUCUGGAAGUGAUCCCCCGCCAGCUGUGCGACAACGCCGGCUUCGACGCCACCGACAUCCUCAACAAGCUGCGUGUGGAGCACCGCAAGGGCGCGACUUGGGCCGGCGUCGACUUCCAGAACGAGGGCGUGACCGACAUGGUGAAGCGCUUCGUCUGGGAGCCCGCCCUGGUCAAGAUCAACGCCAUCCAGGCCGCCACCGAGGCCAGCUGCCUGAUCCUCAGCGUUGACGAGACCAUCAGGAACCAGGAGAGCGAGAAGCCACAGGCCCCCGGCGCGCUGCCCCCGGGCGCGGCACAGCGUGCGGUCAGAGGACGCGGACGCGGCAUGCCUCGCAGGUAA